AUGGCCUCCAUCCGUCGAGCCGAUCCUCCGCUGCAAGACAGCGUCUUCAAGAUGUUUGACAUGACCGGCAAGGUCACCAUCAUCACUGGCGGCUCUGGAGGCAUUGGAUACGAGGUCGCCCGAGCAUUGGCAGAAGCAGGCUCCAAUGUCGCCCUCUGGUACCACUCAUCGUCCACGGCGCAGAAGCAGGCCGAGACCAUCGAAAAUGACUUCAAAGUCAAGUGCCGUGCCUACCAAUGCGACGUCUCCAACUUUGACCAGGUCUCUGCUGUCGUGGACACGGUCGUCAAGGACUUUGGCAAGUUGGACGUCAUGGUUGCCAACGCGGGCAAGCCAUCGCGCGCCGCAGGUCUGGAUGACAAGCUGGAAGACUAUCAUCGCAUCGUGGAUAUCGACCUCCACGGUGCCUUUUACUGCGCGCGUGCUGCGGGAGAAAUCUUUCGCAAACAAGGAUCGGGCAAUCUGAUCUUUACGGGAUCAAUGAGUGGCCAUAUCGCAAAUGUUCCUCAACUACAGGCAUGUUACAACGCUUGCAAAGCUGGCGUAAUCCACCUCGCCAAGUCCCUGGCGGUGGAAUGGGCCGGCUUUGCCAGAGUCAACUGUGUCAGUCCCGGAUAUAUCAACACGCCCAUCUCGGACGACUGCCCGUCAUCGCUAAAGGAGGAGUGGUACAAGCGCACGCCAAUGCAGAGAGAUGCGGACCCAAGGGAGCUCAAGGGUGUCUACUUGUACUUGGCUUCGGAUGCUAGUACUUUUACCACUGGAUCCGACAUUAUUGUUGAUGGAGGCUACACUUGUAUUUAA